GCUCUCAAAAGUGGAUAGCCAUUCGAUGAUUUGGCUGCAGUUGUCAAACACAAAAACAGUCUUUAUUUUUAUUCACGUUUGCAAAAUAAAAGAACAAAAAAGUUAUUUUAAUAAUAGCCAUCAACAGUCAGAAUCGAUUUAAUCAUACCCACGAUUCGCCUAAAAUCCAUUCUCCAUGUGAAGUUUAUCGAGACAGGAUAAUUCGUCCAUAAAAACGGUACGCGCAAUGGCGAGCAGUAGCAGCAACAACGCACUGUAUCUGCGCCAGCAAUUUUCUGCUCUGCUCGGAAACACAUCAUCUUCGAUCAAGUUUAUCUGCAUAUCGACGCUGGUAGGUUACCUGUUGUCCUUCUCCGACCAAGCGGUGGACAUCCUGAGCGUGACGCCCGGAUAUUUGAUGCCACCAACGUUCUGGAUAUGGACGAUAUUUACGUUCUUCUUCAUAGAGUUGCAUUUCUGGGAAGUGCUGGUGGAUUUGAUAACAGUGGGGCUGUGCGGGAAACUGAUCGAACCGUCCUGGGGUCAGAUGGAGAUGCUGCAAUACUUUGCGAUCACCAAUACGGGAGUGGCUAUAUUGACUAGUUUCUACUAUUUGUUCUACUCGAUGAUUACCAAAGAUGCUGAACUGUUGUUCGAUGUCCACAUCCAUGGCUUGGCGGGAAUCAAUGCAGCUGUUAGUGUAGCCGUUACACAAAUCAUGCCAGACCAUCUAAUAGCACGAACCCCUCUUGGAAAGUUUACUAAUAGAAACGUUCCUCUAACAGUCGUUAUCUUGGCGAUAACCAUGUGGGCGUUUGGCCUACUGGACGGAACGUAUCCGGCAAUGUUUGCGUCGGGUUUGUAUGUUUCUUGGGUUUAUCUGCGCUUUUAUCAACGACACUCGAAUGGCACCCGUGGCGAUAGUGCCGAAAACUUCCGAUUUGCCAGCUUUUUCCCUAAUGUACUGCAACCGUUUAUAAAUCUGGUGGCGAAUCCUGUGUAUCAGAGCUGUUUACGAAUUGGAAUGGUAAAACGGCUCAAUCCUCAGCAAAGCAAUUCCUCCUCACUACAAUCAGUUAACGUUCAUUCACUUGCCGGGGUAGACCCCCAUGAUAUGGAGAGGAGAAGGCAAAUUGCAUUAAAAGCACUCAGCGAACGGUUGUCCAAAACAACUGAUUCUAGUCGUCUAAACACGUUGCCCAAGUCAUUCCCACAAUCUGGCACGGCUGCUGUUGGAUUUUCCGGAAAGCAUCAUCACGGGCAUCACCAUCACGGACAUCACUCUCUGCCCUUCCCGAUGACAAUGGAUCGACCAGCUAUACCACUUCCGCCGCCUCCAGCAAAAUCGUCGCUUAAGGCAGAUUCGCUUGCAAAAGCCGCUAGCAGCAGUUCAAGCACAACCAAUGUAGAUUUGAUAAAUCUGGACUCGGCGGCGAUAGCCGGCAGCAGCAAUGAUCACCAAGCAACGGGGCCUUCUAUUACGGUUGCUACGACGAAUACUUAAGCAGCAGCUGGACUGGCCUGGAGCAUGGUGGUUGGAUUGUUAAAUGGUUUGAUCUGUCGCCUUCUGAUCUAACGGGAGGUUGAGUAGGACGAUAAAAUGUCACAUUUUUGAAUGCAAAGAGAUGAAAGAUGCUUUAAUAACUAUUAGGGUUCGCGCUCUACCUUUCUGUUUUUUUUCUGUAGAUUUUAAUUGUGAUGAUAAGCUAAUAAAAAUUGAAAAAUGAUAUUGCAUGUUAGGUUAGUUCACCUAGGGAUGCAUUAUCAUAUAGUUCUAAUAAA